AUGCAUCACAGCGCUGAUAUGGGCCUCAUCGGCCUGGCCGUCAUGGGUCAGAACAUUAUCCUGAACGCUGCCGACCACGGUUUCACCAUCGCUGCCUUCAACCGUACUGUUUCCAAGGUCGACAGAUUCUUGGCCAACGAGGCCAAGGGCAAGUCUAUCGUCGGUGCUCACUCCAUCGAGGAGUUCGUUUCCAAGCUCAAGAGCCCCCGCCGUGUCAUGCUGCUCGUCCAGGCCGGCAAGGCCGUCGAUGACUACAUUGAGACCCUUAUCCCCCUUCUUGAGAAGGGUGACAUUAUCAUCGAUGGUGGUAACUCUCACUUCCCCGAUUCCAACCGCCGCACCAAGUACUGCGCUUCUAAGGGAAUCCGCUUUGUCGGUUCCGGUGUCUCCGGUGGUGAGGAGGGUGCCCGCUACGGCCCUUCCUUGAUGCCCGGUGGUAACGAGGAGGCCUGGCCUUACCUCAAGGACCUCUUCCAGUCUAUCAGUGCCAAGAGCGACAACGAGCCCUGCUGCGACUGGGUCGGUGACGAGGGUGCUGGCCACUACGUCAAGAUGGUCCACAACGGUAUCGAGUAUGGUGACAUGCAGCUCAUCACCGAGGCUUACGACAUUCUGAAGCGCGGUCUUGGCCUCUCCAGCAAGGAGAUCGGUGAUGUCUUCGCUAAGUGGAACAAGGGUGUCUUGGACUCUUUCCUGAUUGAGAUUACUCGCGACAUCAUGUACUACAACGACGAAGAUGGCACUGCUCUUGUCGAGAAGAUCCUUGACAAGGCUGGCCAGAAGGGUACCGGCAAGUGGACCGCCGUCAACGCCCUCGACCUGGGCAUGCCCGUCACCCUCAUUGCCGAGGCUGUUCUUGCCCGCUGCUUGUCCGCCAUCAAGGAGGAGCGCACCAAGGCUUCUACCCUUUUGUCGUACGUCGGCCGCAAUAGCAAGUUCGAGGGCAACAAGGAGCAGUUCAUCGACGACCUUGAGCAGGCUCUGUAUGCCUCCAAGAUCGUCUCUUACGCCCAGGGCUUCAUGCUCAUGCAGGAGGCUGCCAAGGAGUACGGCUGGAAGCUCAACAAGCCCUCCAUCGCCCUCAUGUGGCGCGGUGGCUGCAUUAUCCGCUCCGUCUUCCUCAAGGACAUCACCAACGCUUACCGCAACAACCCCGACCUCGAGAACCUCCUCUUCGACGACUUCUUCAACAAGGCUAUCCACACUGCCCAGCCUGGCUGGAGAGACGUUGUCUCCAAGGCUGCCCUUCUCGGAAUCCCGACCCCGGCCUUCUCUACUGCGCUGUCCUGGUUCGAUGGUUACCGUACCAAGGACCUCCCCGCCAACCUCCUCCAGGCUCAGCGUGACUAUUUUGGCGCACACACAUUCCGUGUGAAGCCAGAGGCGUCAUCCGAGCGCUAUCCUGAGGGCCAGGACAUCCACGUUAACUGGACUGGCCGCGGAGGCAACGUCUCUGCUUCCAACUAUAACGCAUAA